CAACCCUCAACUUGCUGUUCACCUCACUCCAUUUGAUCAAUCAGUUGUGAAUUGCUGCAAAGUUGAGCAAGCAUAGAAAUGUCGAUGCUAAUCUGUUGCAACGGCUGUCAUACUCCCAUCCAGCUGCCCCCGGGCACCACAGCCUUUCGUUGCAUUGUCUGUCGUAGCAUCGGAAAUACAGCUUCACCUAGCAGCGCCCCUAUUCUAUACCCUCCGGUCCCUCCCACCACAUCCUCCAACUACCACGGCCAGAAGAAGGCAGUCAUAAUAGGGAUCUUAUAUAAGAACCAAAAAGGAGAGCUUAGAGGAUGCAUCAAUGAUGCCAAAACUAUGAAAGAUAUGCUCAUCCACAGGUUCAACUUCAACGAAUCCUCAAUCUUCAUGCUUACUGACGAGGAAACGGAUCCCCGCAAAAUACCAACAAAACACAAUAUUUUGAUAGCGAUGUCUUGGCUCGUCAACGGUUGUAAGUCAAGGGACUCACUGGUAUUCUACUUUUCGGGCCACGGGGGGCGGCAGCCGAACAACACUGGAGACGAGAAAGACAAUUACGACGAAACACUACUCCCUCUGGACCAUGGAACACAGGGGCCAAUCGUCGACAAUGACAUCAAUGACAUAGUUGUGAAGCCUCUACCAACCGGUGUGAAGCUGCACGCAAUAAUAGAUGCAUGUCACAGCGGCACAGUGCUUGAUUUGCCCUAUCUUUGCAAAAUGGACAGAAGUGGAAGGUACUCAUCAUGGGAAGAUCAUAGUCCUAAAUCAGGCACGGGGAAAGGCACAAGUGGAGGAGAAGUCAUAUCUAUCAGCGGUUGUGCGGAUCACCAAUAUUCUGAUGAUACCAAUGCUCUAUCUAAGGAGAAGAUGCCUGCGGGAGCAAUGACAUAUGCAUUCAUACAAGCAAUACAGAAUGGACAAGGAGCUACCUACGGGAGUAUCUUGCACGCGAUGAGGUAUACCAUCUCCACCCGUUACAAACCAGGUGCUGUUGGCCGGAAACAGGACCCACAACUUACUUCUGGUCACCAUUUUAAUGUCUACACGGAACCAUUUUCACUCUGAGUAGUCAUGCAAAAUUCCUUUAUUUAUCGAACACACACUUUAAUUCAUUCCGUUGUCUCUUUUCUUUCUUGUAAUAUUUCCACAUUGAGCUGAUCAACUCUUCACAUUAAUGCAAAAUGUAUCUACACAAUGAAAUAAAUUUUAAAAGAUCGAUAUGAUGUUAUAUAUAUUACAGGUUGGAGAUAUAUUUGAGAAGGCAUCAAAGUAUGUUUUGAUUCAGCUGCAUUAA